GCGGGAGGUUCCCUGAGGCGGAGCGGGCGGGGAGGGCCCCGCGCCCCCUCAGCUGAGCGCGGGCCCCGCGGACCGGGGGAUGCGCCGGGAUCUGCGGACAGUAUUAGCUAUCAUAAUAUCCUCGUUAUGCAGAUCAUCCCACCAAGCUUGUUGCUGACAGCAAAGGCCUUCCUCUCAAAGCUGUUUAAAUGAGAAUGUCCCUGGCUCAAAGAGUGCUGCUGACAUGGCUUUUUACCUUACUCUUCCUGAUCAUGCUGGUGCUGAAGUUGGAUGAGAAAGCACCGUGGAACUGGUUCCUCAUUUUUAUUCCAGUGUGGAUAUUUGACACAAUUCUUCUCGUCAUGUUAAUUGUAAAAAUGGCUGGACGCUGCAAGUCUGGCUUUGACCCCCGCAACGGCUCCCAGAACAUGAAGAAGAAAGUCUGGUACCUCGUUGCCAUGCUGCUGAAAUUGGCCUUCUGCCUGGCCCUGUGUGCCAAGCUGCAGCGCUUCACCACCAUGAAACUGGCCUAUGUGUUCAUCCCCCUCUGGGCCCUGCUGCUCGGGGCCAUGGUGGAACUGGGAUACAAUAUCUUCUAUGUACGGAGAGACUAGGCUAGGCCAGGUGCUUUCCAGGACCAAGACUGGCACCAAACUACUAGAUUAUUACCAUUUUGCCACAAAUUUGAUCUUCAAACUAGAAAGCCAAAUGAGUCAAGCUGGAGACUUAAGCUAAAGCAGACUGAAGACUGAAAGUAGACAUGUUUCAUUUUUUUAUUUUAAAAUUCACAUAUGCUCUUGUAAAUAAAAGUAUUUGUUCAACAUAAGCUGUUCUAAUAUGAUUGCUGAUACUUGUUUCAUGGAAUAAGAUAUGGGUUCUUCACAUGCAGGUAGAAGACCUUGUCAAAGAAACCACAAAUGGUCUACCCAGAGUAUUCAGCACAUUGAGUAAUCCUGGAGUAACAUUUUCUGCUACUUAUGCUGUAAGCCAAGAAAUAACCAGUUAACAGUAAUUUCCACAAGGAGCUACAUUUGCUUUAAAAAUCAGUAACAAUUGACGGCAGGCAAAUAAGAGCAAGAAAAGGAACACUUGCUGGUUUUGAUUUUUUUUUUGGACAGUGGGAUUCCAUUACCAGUGUAAAAAUAAGCAGUUUUGUAAGCUGCUGAAACAGCCCAUAACGAGUAUGUUAACCUUAGGGAACACAGUUGGUAGCUGAGCUGUGCCAGCAGUCCUGAGAUCCAGAGAAGAGGGAGACAGUGGUGAUUCUUUUCCAAGUGAGAGAUCACCAAUGCUGCAAGAGACUGAAAAUACAGGGUGAGUA